AUGGUUAAGUGCGACCCACGCCGCGUCAAAUACAUGACCUGCUGCAUGAUGUACCGUGGCUAUGCCGUUCCGCAGGAUGUGAACGCGGCACUGGCUACCAUGAAGAUCGCGAGUACCAUCCAAUUUGUGGACUGGUGCCCAGCCGGCUUCAAGUAUGGCAUCAACGACCAGCCGUCCACCGUGGUGCCCGGUGCAGAUUUGGCCAAGGUCAUGUGUGCCUGCUGCAUGAUCUCGAACAGCACGGCCAUCGCCGAAGUCUUUUCGCGCAUCGAUCACACGUUUUGUCUUCGUCCACCUCUAUGUCGGAGAAGGCAUGGAAGAGGGCGAAUUCUCUCAGGAUGGACGCUGCAAGAACUGGGCAAAUGGAUUCACUCGGCGAAGGCGCUCUUCGGACAAUUCCUUACCAGCGCCAUGCGUGAUACAUGA